GACCUGUUUCACGGCUUAUUUGUCCUGGAUAAUUAGUAUAUUUUGUAUUUGUAGGAUGGAUUAUCGGUUAUUCUAGCCAUCACCAGCACCGGUAAAAGAAUACCAUCAACAUGGACACCGCAACUGAUGUUCCUAUCUGGACGCAUGGCGUCACAAACUCUUCUUCAAAUGAAACCAUAUCAUCUACAGUCUCUCCGCUUCCUCAAGUACAUCAGGAUCUCAUGUGGCUCGUCCCGACAUUGUUUGGCAUGUUCUUUUUCCUAAUAGGCAUGGCAUGGUUUCUGUUCUAUUGUAUCAAAAAAUUUGAACUUGCCGCCCUGGCAUUUUGUUACAGAAAAUUUGGACUGUGUCCACCUGACGAACGAAGUAAAAUGUUGUACAAUUCCCUGGGAGAGGACAAUGAAACAGACUCUGACACUCUAUAUAUGAGGGAUAAGUUGUUCACCGUCACCUCGAAGGAUGGAAACAUGUAUCCGGGGGUCCGGAUCUCCAUGCCAAACUAUUCUACAAUGUCCCCUGUUCCCGACCUUAUCUUGGACAGUCGAGUACUCAAACCUCCGCCAUCUAAGACGGUUCAGUAA